GGGAGUCCCCAGCUCCGGCAUGAGGCCGGGCUGAGCGAUGUGCGAGCAGGCAGCGCGCUACUGCCGGGCCGGCGUGCAGAGGCUGCUGCGCAAACCUCCGCCGGCGCUGCGCGGGCUGGACGGGCUGCUGCGCUGGGUGGUGGCCAGGAUGGGCGACAAGGGCGUCGCCGAGCGGGAGCUGCUCACCCCGGGCGCCGCCGCCGCGCAGAGGAAGGGCACCUCCGUCAUCCUCGAUAUUUUCAGAAGAGCUGACAAAAAUGAUGACGGGAAGCUGUCCCUGGAGGAGUUCCAGGCCUUUUUUUCUGACGGGACACUCAACGAAGAAGAACUUGAGAAGCUCUUUCAUACCAUUGACUCUGACAACACCAACAACGUGGACACCAAGGAGCUGUGCGACUAUUUUGCUGAUCAUAUGGGAGACUACGAAGAUGUCUUGGCCUCACUGGAGACGCUGAACCUCUCCAUCCUGAAGGCGAUGGACUACACCAAACGGGUGUACGAGAGCGGCAGCAACGUGGACCAGUUCGUGACCCGCUUCCUGCUGAAGGAGACGGCGAACCAGACCCAGUCGCUGCUGAGCUCUGUGGAGAGUGCCGUGGAUGCCAUCGACGAGCAAACCAGCCCUGCCAGGCACUACCCCAGCAAGGCUGGGCACGGUCUGAUGGACACCUGGUACGACAGCCCCGUGCCCAGCUACUCGCCCACCAGCUGGAUGGUCCCCAGGGAGCACGGGAAGAACUUCCAGACUGGUUCCCCCGAUACCAAGGCAGAGGGGCUGGAGGGGCAGAUCAACAGGCUGGCCGAGCUGAUCGGCAGGCUGGAGGACAAGACUCUCUGGUUUGACCUGCACCAGCGGCUGUCGGACAGCGAGAGCGCAGCUUGCACGUACCUCCUCCUGGUGCGGGAUGAGAUGACGGUGUCGCACAAGCACCUGGGCGAGUUUUGCAGCUCCUUGAAGCAGUACCUGAAGAGUGUGGCCGGGGAGCGGGACUGCUUCCACGUCACCGCAGUGAAGCUGCCCGAUGGGGUCACCUUCAUCGUCUACGAGUUCUGGGAGACUGAGGAGGACUGGAAGAGGCACCUGCAGAGUGCCACCUGCAAGGGCUUUCAGCACGUCAAGGUGGACACGCUGAGCCAGCCUGAGGCCGUUUCCAGCGUGGCCGUGCCAGCUGCCUGGUGCACCCUGAGCCGAGAGUGACCGCUGGUGCCGGGGGGGCCCGCCAGCACCCGGCCCCGCUGCGGGGUGGCUGUGACCCCCCCCUAUGUGGCUGGGGGGUGGGAGGUGUCAGUGUGACCUGUCUGCAGUGAAGGAAACCCCCGUGUGUGUCUCAGCACCCCAUAGGGUCAUUGUCUGUGUCCCGUCCCCCCCUUCUCCCUCACCCCAUCACCUGGAUCACCUCUCCCUGGAGUGGGGUGGUCUUUG